CCAUCCUCUGGCAAAGAACGCUCAUUUUUCACAAUUUAUGCAAAACUGUUACACACUGAUGAGAAGUUUGCUCUGAAGAAAGUUUAUGGAGAAAUGAAAAUAAAUGAACUGAAAGGUCUGAUAGAAUUUACUACAGGACUUCCUGUUCAGUUACAAAGAGUUUUCUUUCUUGAUGAAGGUGAUUUACUAGAUGAUAGUGAUAUUAAAUCAAAUGAUAUUGUACCUGGGUCAACAUUACAAUUAACAGUCUGGUCACAAUGGAGAGAAUUAGUUGAAGCAGUUGUUAAUGGAGACUCUGAGUGGGUGUUUAGGUUAGGAGUUAGUCAUCCUUCUGAUUACCAAACACCAAAUAGUCAAUAUAUGACAGCAAGGGCAAGAAAAGCCUGGAUUGAUGAACGAGCAUUUGUAGCAUUAUGUAUAGCAGCUAAUAGAGGUCAUGAUGAUUUAGUUUGUAAACUAGUAGAUGCAGGUGCCAGUGUUGAGAGAACCACACCUUUAGGAAGAACAGCAUUACAUUUAGCCGCCUCUAGAGGUCGUGGUCAUAUUAUUGACUUAUUGCUUGAAAAGGGUGCCCAAAUAGACGCUGAAGAUGAUUCCGGACAGACAGCUCUCUCAAUCGCAGACAAAUUUGGCAAUAAAAGUUGUGAAAGACAUUUAUUUUUGUUCAGAUGGCAACAAAGAGCCAAGAAUGCAUCAGCUCCUCGCAGAGUUCCUAGAAUGGCUCAUCAAUAUAAUGAUUCAAAAUAUCCAGUGUGGAAAAGUGGACAUCAAUCUCAACUGUAUGUGACAAAUAUAUUACCACCUGGGGAGUUUGAAGGAUCAGCAUUAAAUGCACCACCCAGAAAAACACAUCCAUCUGUAGCC